AUAAUUAAAAAUAUAUUACAGGUACUGAAUAUGGCCCAACAGUCGAAACUGUGAUUCAUGAUCCUGAGACUUUAAUUCGGAUGCCUGUUGGCUGUGGAGAACAGAACAUGAUGUACAUGGGUCCAACUUUGUACACAUUGCGAUUUUUAAAAGUUAAAGGAGAUGUGACACCUGAACGAGAAGGAAAAAUUUAUAACUUCAUUAGAGAAGGUUAUAAUCGUCAACUUACUUAUAGAAAAGAAGAUGGUUCUUAUGGUGCUUGGAUUCAAACACCAUCCAGUACUUGGUUAACAGCAUUUACAAUGAAAGUAUUUUGUCAAGCCAAUAAAUUUAUUUUUGUUGAUGAAAAUGUUAUUUGUAGUGGAAUUAAAUGGUUAAUUUCACAUCAGAAAGAUGAUGGUGCAUUUGAAGAUGCUCAUCCAGUUUAUCACUAUGAUAUGACGGGAGGAGUUAGUGGAAGAAUUCCAAUGACUGCUUUUGUCCUUAUUGCUCUUCAAGAAUGCUCUUCUUGUGAAAGUGAGGAAUUGAAUGUAGCUCGUUUAAAAGCAGAAUUAUUUUUGGAGAUAUCAUUACCUACGAUUAAUGAUCCAUAUAUUAUGGCAGUGGUAGCUUAUGCUCUUUCUCAGUCUUCAAGUGAUCUAAAACAUGAGGCAAAUGAAAAAUUGAAACAGAUGUCUAUAUUUGAUGAAGACUUGAAUCAAAGACAUUGGAAAGAAAAUACAAGAUCUCAUUCCAUUGAAGUUGCUGCUUAUGCACUCCUGACGCAACUUGCAUUAAAUGAUUUAUCUUAUAGUUUACCCAUUGUGAACUGGCUCAAUACUCAACGACUUGUUGGUGGAAGUUUUCCCUCUACUCAGGAUACAGUAAUUGCGUUACAAGCUCUAUCACAAUAUUCAAUGCAGUCUCAAAGUCCUGAUUUAUCUCUUAUGUGUAAUGUUACUUCAAGUAAUGAUAGAAACUUGGCAAAAACACUGGAAUUUAAAAAUGAUAAUGCACUUGUUUUGCAGCAGUUUGAGGUCAAUAAAGUUGGUGGAACAUUGUUUUUUCGUACAGCUGGUAACGGAGUUGGUUCUUUGGCAGUGAAAUUAAGAUAUAAUGUUCCAGUUCCAGUUGAGAAACUUUGUAAAGUAAGUAGAAAUAUUAAAUCUAUAAUCAAAACCUUGUUGAAAAUAAAAAUAAUCUAGCAAUAGCAACAUACU